AUGGUAGACGUCUCCAAGAUGAACGCAGCAGCAGCAGGUGAAGGCAACAAGGCUGCACCGCCCAAGUUCAAGAAGAAGGAGACGAGGCAGUUCAAGAGCAAGGCCCCCAAAGCUGGACAGAAAGGUUUUGACAAUGAUGUCCCAGGGAUGGAUGGUCUUGGAGACUCUGCAGUGGUUUGCCCAUGGGAGGCAUUCGGCGACAUGGAGCUGAGCGACCUGGCUCAGUUUGGCAUCGUCUAGACAAGGGGCUCCUGGGGGGGCUGUUAUUUGCUGAUUCUGGACAGAUGUUGUUUCACAGUGUGGUUACUGAAUUUAUAUGAGGAUAUGAUAGUGCAGUGUUCACUGUGAGGCAGAUCUCUGCAGUGUCAGGAUUAAACAGAAUCUUUAAAGGAAUACUUCACAGAUUCGCGUUUAGCUUUGUAUUACUAGAAUAGGCUUAGUAUUUUUGAAAAAUUGUGCUUCCCAACCUCAGUUUCCCCUGAGUCGAGAAAUAUCUUCAUUCUUUUCUUUGUUACAUGCCCACCAGUGACACUGGCUGAGUCAAAUGAGGUCCUGUCCCACUACGAGUGGGUCUAAAAAGUGUGAAAUUAGCAUUGCAGUUUCAAGUCUCGGACCGAGUGUCACUGGUGGCCACGUAACACAAAAAAAACAGGGGAAAAGGUUGGCAAUUUUUCAAAAAUACUCCUAUUCUAGUAAUACAAAGCUAAAUGCAAAAAACAAACCCACAAGAGGAAUGUUCUAUUUUUGUCAAAGCUGUUUGAAUGUACUUAUAUUUAUUUUUGCAAUAUAAGCUAAAUGUGAAAGAGUAACAUUUAUUAAAGAGGUUGCAUGUUGCAGCGGGAUAUUCCUCAGCUAUGUAGCCUACAGUUAGCAUCACAGGACGUUUAGGUGGUCUAAAAUAUUUUAUGUACUGUACAUUUUCUGUCAAAUGAAAAUAACCUCACCUACAUCCACAUUGGAGCAUUUGAUAUGAUGUUUUUAGCUCAUGUGUACAGGAUAGAAACUGUAUAUCUUGAAUAAAAAUUAUUUUCCUUACAA